CCCCCCGCCGCGUCCGGCGGGGGCGAGGAUGGACAUUCCCUUCUACCAUGACGAGGUGCUGACGGCCCUGGCGCCCCCCAGCCCCGGCCGGCUGCGGCCCUUCCCCGACGGCGGGGGCAUGCUGAAGAAGGACGUGGCGCUGGGGCUGGCGCUGGGCGAGCAGGUGGCGGCCGGCCUGAAGGCGCCCGGCGUUGGCGGCGUUGGCGCGGCGCUGCUGGCCUCCUCCUCCUCGCCGUCCGCGCCGUCGGAGCUGGGGCUGCUGAAGCUGGCCUCGCCCGAGCUGGAGCGCCUGAUCAUCCAGUCCAACGGGCUGGUGACCACCACGCCGACCAGCGGCGGCGGCGGCGGCGGCGCCUUCCCCUUCGCCAAGGGCCCCGACGAGCAGGAGUUCGCCGCCGGCUUCGUCAAGGCGCUGGAGGACCUGCACCAGCAGGGCCAGCUGGGCGGCGGCGGCGUGGGGCCGGCCGAGCUGCCCUCGCCCGCCGGCCCGGGCCCCGAGCCGCCCGUCUACGCCAACCUGAGCAGCUUCGGCUACGCGCCCGAGGGGGGCCCCUGCGCGGGCCUGCCCCCCCCGCCGCCCCCGCCGGCCAAGGACGAGCCGCAGACGGUGCCGGAGGUGGGCAGCUUCGGCGAGAGCCCGCCGCUGUCGCCCAUCGACAUGGACACGCAGGAGCGCAUCAAGGCGGAGCGCAAGCGGCUGCGCAACCGCAUCGCCGCCUCCAAGUGCCGGCGGCGCAAGCUGGAGCGCAUCUCGCGCCUCGAGGAGAAGGUCAAGAGCCUCAAGAGCCAGAACACCGAGCUCGCCUCCACCGCCUCGCUGCUGCGCGAGCAGGUCGCCCAGCUCAAGCAGAAGGUGCUCAGCCACGUCAACAGCGGCUGCCAGCUCCUGCCCCAGCCGCGCCCCGUGCCCGCCUACUGAGCCCCGA